GUGGCUUUCUCACUGCGGGCGCGGCCAGCCGCCGGUGGGCGGGGCCACGUUCCAGGACGUGGUCGUCCGGGCUUCGGAACCCCGCCUGUUCGGGGCGGGGCUGAGGCGCAAGGGUGGGGCCGCGCUCCGUCGGGGCGGGGCUUGUGGAACCUCGAAACCCCGGCGACUCGGGGCCUGAGCGCGCGUCUCCCGGCGCGGGGUUCCUCCCACGCAGACCCUCAUUCAAACGAUGCCGAAGGGGCGGCGCCGCAGCCACAGCCCCACCAUGAGCCAGCGGUCGGCCCCGCCCCUCUAUUUCCCGUCCCUCUACGAUCGCGGCAUCUCCUCGUCCCCGCUCAGCGACUUCAACAUCUGGAAGAAGCUCUUGGUGCCGCUGAAGGCGGGCGGGGCGCCAGUGGGCGGGGCGGCGGGGGCCCGGUCCCUGCCCCAGGCGCCCCCCGCCCCGGCGCCCCCGCCCCCACCACCACCCGGCCUGGGUCCCUCCGGCGAGCGCCCCUGGCCCUCGCCCUGGCCCUCGGGCCUGGCCUCCAUCCCCUACGAGCCUCUGCGCUUCUUCUACUCGCCGCCGCCGGGGCCUGAGGUGGCUGCCUCGCCCUUAGCUCCCCGCCCCUCGACCCCCAGGCUCGCCUCUGCCUCCCACCCCGAGGAGCUGUGCGAGCUGGAGAUCCGGAUUAAGGAGCUGGAACUGCUCACCAUCACUGGGGACGGCUUCGACUCCCAGCGCUAUACAUUCCUGAAGGCGCUAAAAGACGAAAAGUUACAAGGACUGAAGACCAGGCAACCCGGAAAGAAGUCGGCCUCUCUCUCCUGAGGAGCUGCCCACCGGAGCUUGGGCAGCCACCUCCUUAGGUGUUACUGCUUAGAUAAUGUGUCCCAUUUGUUGUCAUUUCAAAGAUGGUUAUUUUCUGUUCUGUA